UCUUGUCAUUCUUAGAUCUUUCGCUGCAUCUUGAGCAUCUCUUCAACGAAAAUGAAACCGAUAGCCGUCUUCAGCGGAACACUGUUUCUCCUGGCUGUGCUCGUUACCUCAGGUAUGAGCCAGCGCCAAUGUUCGCAGACCAGAUUGUUUUAUGCCCACGAACGCAACUGCGAUAUGUACUACCAAUGCGAAAACGGUACUUUGAGAGAAGGUAUCUGCCCCGACGGACUGGUGUUCGAUGACAAAGGAGCGCCAGAAAAAUUAAGAUGCGACCUCCCAUUCGACAUCGACUGUAGCUACAGAAAAGCCUUGCAGCCACCGCGUUCUUCAGAGCACUGUCCUCGUCAAUAUGGUCUCUAUGCCCACGAAACGGAUUGCAAUCGCUUCUGGAAAUGCGUAGAGGGUCAUCCAUUUGCUUUCAAUUGUCCCGAAGGAUUGGCCUAUGAUGAAUACAGUGCCCAUUGCGAUUGGCCGGACAUGGUCGAAAACUGCGACUCGGAAACCUUGCUUCGGUUCCGGUGUCCUCAACCCACUGACAGAGAGAUCCAGGAGUUCGGAGAUCCUCGAUAUCCUUAUCCCGGGGACUGCAGGAAGCAUUACGUGUGCAUCCUCACACCGGAUGGAUCCAGGAUGCCCAGACUUCUCGCUUGUGAUCCCGGAUACGUUUUCAACCCCCAGACAUCCAGCUGCGACGAUCCAGAAAAUGUGUCCGGCUGCCAAGGAUAUUAUAACAACCUUGAUACUAGAAGACUUCGGGAACUGUUUGGACGUUAACUAAUUCUCAGGUGACUACUUGUAAAAGGAAAAAGAAACACGACAUACCAAUGAUUAAAAAUUGGGCUUUUUUGAACUCCUGUUAGUAUAUUCUACGAUAUGGAACAAUUUGUUCCGAAUUUCAUAUAUUAGAGAAUAUUGUGUUUGGAAUCGACGUUCGAGGUUAUUUGUUGAUUUUUAAUAUUUAUACGGAAAUAAGGUACUCUUUAUCUAUGAAAUCUUUUUUUCUUUGAAUCCAGUUUAUUAUUCUAAAUAGAGUUAACUGAUGGCUUAAAAAAGAUGUUAGAAUCAAAUUUAAUAUUCAAAGGGCUGAUAUCGUUCCAGCGCAGAAAUUCAAUCCGCAGAGGACUUGAUUUUCAUAUAAUUCUUAAUUAUGAUAUAUUAACCGCUCAAUCCAUUUGCGCAAAUAACAUUUUUGCGCAUAUUUUUUCGCUUAAUUCCCGAAAUUUUAGUUUUUAGCUUUUAGUUUUUAAGUUUUCGAAUGUAAGGAACCGUUGUGGAUUAUAAUAUAAAAUGUCAACACUCUUAAAAUUUUUCGUGUUUAAGAAAUAAUGAUUUAUAUGUGCUGCGGGCGUGUCUGCAACACGUCCAAGUCGUUUUUUUACCUAAGUGUAAAACAUUUUUUUACUUCACAUUAGGAUACACAAAUGGUUCCUUGUAUUCGAAAACAUAAAACUCGAAAUUUUAAAUUUAUGGGAAUAAAGUAGAAAUAUUAGUAUAUACGUAAAAUUAUUACUCCAGUGCAAAUAGAUUGAGCAUAAACAAAGAAACGCAUUUUUUUUUUUCAGAAAUAUCUAAAAUGUAUUAUAGUUUAAAUAUAUGAUAGUUUAGUUAUUGUGGCAAAAAGGUUUGAUUUUCCACAAAUACUUUUUUUCCUUGAGAUGUUAAAUUAAGUAUUAAACCAUGUUGCAGUUAAUACUGAGUUUUUUUAAAAAGAUUUAAUAACCUUUACAAAGUGGUCAUGUUUGAUUAAGAAUUUUUUCGUGUCUUCAUGACUAUUACAUCGUCUGUUUUGUCAUUUAAUUUAUGUUGUGAUGUUUACAGAUUUUUAAACUUUUAUGAGCCAGUGUUUUUCAAAAACUUAAUUUAUUUUUUUUAUUUAGGACCUCAGAAUUCGGUUCAAUUGAAUUAAAUGGGAUCCAUGUACAUUAUACAAUAAUGAAACAACCAAACAUUCAUCAUGCUAAAAUACGAUUAAUCACCAUCGCAGGCACUAAUUGUCAAAAAUGUCUUUAGAGCAAAUCAUCUCUGAACCCACUUCAUCGGGACAAAAGGGAAGUCAUGAGCAUAACUCACAACCUUACUAAGUUAUAGCGAUUAACCCCUUGAUGAAGUCUGUGAAUUGCCCCAUGAAUCUUUACUUGAUGAGAUACUGAUGUUGGUAUAAGCAGGUAUCUUGACUAGUUGACUUGUUCCCUCAGCUUGGCGAAAAUUGAAAAUAUGGUUGCAGAUACUAUCGUUGCUAUACAUCUGUUAAAUGUUUCCAAGGGUCAAUUACAAUACAGUUAGUUUGAAAUAGCAAUUAAUUCAAUAUAAUCACCAAGAUAGACUUUCGAUUAUUCAUUUUGUUAAAGUGUUUCACAUUACCCUGAUGACUAUAUAUAAACGUUAAACUAACGCUGUAUUUGAGGGGGUAAAAUUUAAACAGGACUUGAAAGGUAUUUACAAUGCCAUUAUAGUUUUAAAAGGUGAAAAAAUAUGAUUUACCAUUGGUUGAAAUUCUGUUUAUAUCUAGUUCAUUAUUGUAAUAUCACGAGUGUAUUACAGUUUGCUAAAUAGUUAAGCAAACUACUGUGUACUUCGAGCAGAACAACUGCUUAUUUUAAUUUUGCUAAUAAAGUUUUAUUACUAA